UCUUUGAAGCCGGCAGUGUUGUGAUCAGAUGCAAUCCUCAGUACGAAUUUUAAUAUCGGCAUGCUUCCAUUAACCAGCAAAGACGGUUUUAAAAGUGACGAUUUCAAACCGGGAGUGAAGCUUAAAUCGCGUUUGUUUGAAUGGAUAAAGGCCAUACUCUCAAGCGAGGGCUCGAGAAAUCUGUUCUUCUUCCUUCUUCUUAACCUAUCGUUUGCGUUUGUGGAAUUGACCUACGGGAUAUGGACGAAUAGUCUUGGUCUGAUCUCAGAUUCAUUUCAUAUGUUCUUCGAUUGUACUGCACUCUUGGCGGGGCUCAUAGCAUCAGUGAUCGCAAAAUGGGGAAAAAAUGAAAGAUUUUCCUAUGGGUAUGGACGAGCUGAAGUGCUGGCUGGUUUUGUGAAUGGAUUAUUUUUGGUGUUUAUUGCAUUCUUUAUUUUAUCUGAAGCUGUAGAGAGAGCUCUUCACCCUCCAGAGGUUAAACAUGAGAGGCUGUUUGUUGUUUCAGUUCUAGGAUUUUUUGUUAAUCUUGUUGGUAUUUUUGUCUUUCAUCAUGGAGGUGCAGCAGGGCAUGGACAUUCACAUGGCGGAGGGCAUGGACAUUCACAUGGUGGAGGGCACGGACAUUCACAUGGCGGUGGCCAUGAACAUGGACACAGUCAUGGCCAUGGACACUCUCAUGGUCAUUCACAUGGACACUCCCACAUGAAUGGUGGACAUAACCAUUCACAUGAUUCAGGUUGUUCAGACAAGGAAGGAAAAGUGGAAGUUUCCCAAAGUAAAAUAAUGGAAGGAGUUUUCCUUCAUGUAUUAGCAGACACAUUAGGAAGUGUAGGUGUAAUUAUAUCAGCUGGACUUAUAUACCAGUUUGGAUGGAUGUUGGCUGAUCCCAUAUGUUCCAUGUUUAUUUCAGUUCUUAUUUUCUUCAGUGUAAUCCCUCUAUUGAAAGAUUCUGUCGGAAUAUUAAUGCAGAGAAUCCCAGUUGGUUUGGAAAAGAAUGUCCAUAUUGCUUACCAAAGGGUGAAUCAAAUGGAUGAUGUGUUUAGCAUUCAAGAUCCUCAUUUCUGGGCACUUAGCAGUAACGUGUGGGUUGGAACUCUACGUUUGCUGGUUGCACCUACAGCUGACACGCAUAAAAUUCUCAGUCAGACUCAUCAUAUCUUCAUGGAGCUUGGAGUGAAACAACUUUAUGUACAGAUUGAACACUCCUAUUGAAUCAAGACAGAUUACCUUUUCGAACAUUGCUGUUAUUUUAAGAACAGAUUUGAAAGCUUGCACGAAGAAAAGAUGUGCCUAUGGUUCAUUAUGCUGAACGUCUUUUGUUCUGUUAUCAAAUGAUAAUCUAUCAUUACACUACCAAAAAAAGAGAAUGGCGAGUCUUUUUUUUUUUUUUUUUUGAGAUCGAAACAAAAUAGUGGAGUCAAAAAUCCUCCGGUUACCAACAGAGCGUUUUUAAGUCGGUUGUCGACUCAGGAAAUCAUAAAUUCAGAAAAGGCAAUGAACCAGUCAGAACUCACGUAAUCUGCACCAUGUGCAGAAAAUUCGCAAUUGAUUUUUGGUCAGACACAUGAUUGGUUGACUUGAUUUUGGAAGUGGUUUUUGACCAAUCAGAUUGUAGAUGAGCAUCAGACAUUGAAGGAAAAUCUGCUCAAAGAGCUCAAGAAACGCUCUAUUCUCUAGUUUGAUUUGAAAUGUUUCUUUCCUUUCUUCUACUGAAUGACUCUUAAGAGGUGAAGUCGUUUUCGGUUACGGAAACUUCCUUUGAACUUAAACUUUUCACUCUCUUUACUUCUUUUCGGAUAAGCGUAAAUGUCAAAUGUCUUGACUGGGCGAAUUUCUAUUACAAUUACAAGAGUUUAUAUUUUAUUUUGUCGAGAAACCAUAAUAUAAAGAAGAUUAAAUGUUAUAUUGCCUGAAUGGAAAACCAAACAAGCAAAGGGGGACUUGAUGGACUUGGAUAUCUAGAAGAAAAAUUGUAAACUCACAUUUCUUUGUUUGUAAAUAGAAAUAUUCCCUAUUAUUCUGGUUUUUUUCUCUUUUUUUUUUUGCGUUUUCUUUAGUAGGAAGUCGUGUGAAUUUUAAGGGCCUUCAUGCUAGAAGAAAAUGAAGUAAAU